GAAAACUUUGGUAAGUGAAAUUUGGCUUCAUUCGUUUCCCUGUGUACGUCCCCAUACCAUCCACACAAACACAAAUUACUAUACCUAACUCAAUCCCUCACAUGGGACAUAGCAAAAGCAACGCCAUCACGCACACUAUGGCUUUUUGUUUAGUUUGUGAUGGAAUAUCUCUAAACUUGUUUCUUCUCUCUGCAACAUUUGUUCAGAGGUAAAUUUCCUCUCCAUGUCUUCUUCCUCCAUGUCCUUUCAACUGCUCCAUCAUAUACCAUAUGGACACCGAUUCUAGUUUCUUGCUUCAUACUUUCACACAAUACCAAACACCAUAGCUUUUGCCAAACCAGUCUCUACAUGGCACCCUUCAUCAUCUUCAAGUCCAAGCUUCAAUCUAGAGUACUUGUUCUUGUCCUCAACUUGGCUUUCGUCUUCCUCUUCUGUCUACUUCUCAACCUUUAUCUCCACCCUCCUAACGAAAAUUCUCAAGGCCACUCCAAUGCCUCUUUCCUCUCAAUCUUCAACCAUGCAAGGCUCUUCAGAGAUGUCAGCGUUGAAGGCUGCACUGAUAUACACAAGUAUUCAGAUUUUGACUCCAAGUGUUUGUAUGUCAGAACUAAUCUCGAGUGCAGGUCAAAGGGAUACAUCAACUAUCUUCAAAUCUUCUACUGCAACUCUGGAAAAUUCCCAAUUUUUGGACAAUCCCUCCUUGCCUUGUGGCUUGUAGUGUUGUUUUAUCUGUUGGGUGACACGGCUUCCAACUACUUUUGCAGUUCCUUGGAGGGUUUGUCCAACAUCUUGAGGCUCUCCCCCACCAUUGCAGGAGUGACCCUUCUUUCUCUGGGAAAUGGCGCUCCUGAUUUCUUUGCCAGCGUUGUGUCUUUCUCAGGAUCAUCCAGCAACGGUGCCGUAGGACUCAACAGCAUCCUAGGAGGUUCUUUCUUUGUGUCGUGUGUUGUCUUGGGGGUCAUAAGCAUUCUGGUUAGCCCAAAUCAGGUUGAGGUUGAAAAGGCCAGUUUCAUCAGGGAUGUCCUUUUCUUCCUUCUCUCUCUUUUCAUCCUCCUUAUCAUAAUUUACAUCGGUAAAAUCACUUUGUUUGCUUCAAUCUGCUAUGUUUCUAUCUACUUCCUCUACGUCUGUGCCGUCUCAGCCACACAUCUCAUAUACGGAGGGGACACAACAAAUGCAAGGCAAUAUUCAAUGUCUUCUGAGGAAUCAUCAGCGCCUAGCAUACCUUUGUUGGGCUAUGUUGAUGAAGAGAAACAAAGUUUGGCAGAGAUAGUGGUGGUUGAAGAUAAGGACCAAAAGCCAGCCAGUACUUUCGGUGAUAAGUCAUUCUUUGGUUGCCUCUACUUUGGAAAGUUGCUACAAGUGGUAGAACUACCUCUUUGCUUACCAAGAAGGCUUACAAUUCCUGUGGUGAGUGAGGAGAAGUGGUCAAAGCCAUUUGCAGUAAUAUCUGUCACAUUAGCACCAGUUUUACUUGCAGUUCUUUUCAACACUCAAGGUGAAAACGUGGCUUCAAGGAGUAGCCUGGUUACAUACAUAGUAGCUGCUUUGAUUGGGAUAGUUUUGGGCAACAUGGCAUGCGUGACAACUGAUAGGUGUAGCCCACCAACCAAGUCCUUGUUUCCUUGGUUAGCUGGUGGCUUUGCCAUGAGUGUAACAUGGACUUACAUAAUUGCUGCCGAGCUAGUUUCUGUCUUGGUUUCAAUUGGGAGCAUAAUUGGGGUUAGCCCUUCAGUGCUAGGACUAACUGUCCUAGCUUGGGGGAACUCACUUGGGGACUUCAUAGCCAAUGGUGCCAUGGCCUUAAAUGGUGGGGCAGAUGGUGUUCAAAUGGCCAUAUCCGGUUGCUACGCUGGUCCAAUGUUCAAUACCUUGAUGGGUUUGGGGUUACCCCUUGUUCUCUCAGCUUUGUCUGAUCAUCCAGACCCUUAUGUGAUUCCCAAGGAUCCUUCACUGUAUGAGACAAUUUUGUUCUUGAUGGGAGGGCUUCUUUGGGCACUUGUGAUCUUGCCAAAGAAGAGUAUGAGGUUGGAUAAAUCCUUAGGGGUAGGGCUUCUAAGUGUUUACCUCUGUUUUUUGGUUAUAAGGAUUGCUCUGGCUUUUGGGGUUGUGAAAUUCUAGCUAGAGAUGCAAAGUUUCUUAGGGGAACUUCAUCAUCAUAAGAGGGUCCAUUGAAGUCCUUCUCAUGGAACAACCUCAUGUGUGAUUCAAUCAUCAUACAUUUCGCAAUCCACACCUCUACUUUGUACAUUUCCGUCUAUAUUUUAAUUCUUCUUUACAUAAUACUUUUCUUC